UGGGCAGUUAUUCUCAAAUAACGCGUUCUGGCCGCUUUUUCUUCCAACUCUACCCUCUGUUCGCUUUUCUCUUUCCUCCCUCACCCAGAGCACUAAACGAAGAGUCUUCUUCUGCCUCUCUCCUACCUCCUUUCUUUGAAUCUUUUGAUUCUUCUAUUCUGAAACCAAAUCGAUUGGGGGAAAAUCGAUUCUUCUUCUAAUUUCGGAUUCCUCUCUGAAUGCAGAUCUGAUUGAGUAGGCGAAACCCUAUGUUGCGACGAACAGAGCCGAAGACGAGUUAGCAUGCGGCGGUGAACGGCAAAGAAGGCGACGACGGCAGGUGUGGCGGCGGGUCGAAGGCGGCGUGAAUCGCUUUCUGUUCCUCUUUGUUUUUCGAUUCCUCUUUGUUUAUCGAUUGCUCUUAUAUCUGGGUUUCGAUUCAUCUGUUUAUCGAUUUGCCUCCUUACUCAUUGCUCUGGUUAUCCCCGACUCGUGUAGAAUCCUUUGGUGGAUUUCGCCCAAUCAAUUGUGCCUAAUUGCUAUGCUCUGUUUCUAUUUUGCAGUUAAUCUUUUUGUUUCGGUAAAUAUCGGUUUUGAUUUUGAUGUUCUUGUAUCUGUGGUUGCAUGCAGAGUUCAUAGAAAAUGAUAGCUUCUGUUUCUUGAAUCUGGGUUUCGAUUGGGUUGGAUUUGAUGAGCUGGGUUUCUUGAUUCUGGGUUCGACUUCCCAUUCAAUUUGCUCUUCUUUGGCUUUUCAUAGAAACAAUUAGGUUUACAAAAUUGGGUUUGACUUCCCAUCUAGUUUCCCUACUGAUAUCUAUUUCCACUUCCGUUGAGCACCAGUGGCCUUCAUGUUUGAGAAUUUGUUUAUUCCCCCAAUUCACCGUCGGCUGAAUUUCUUCUCUAUUAUGCCUUUUGAUGCAGGGGAGAAGAAGGGAGAAGAAUGCUCAAUUGGUGCCAUCAUUAUCCCAAAAAAUCCAACAUCUAUUGCUAUGAAGAUGAAGAUGAUAAAGAAGAAUCGGUGAACCGCGGCGGCCGAGUGAGCGCAACGUCCGGUGUAGAUUUGUGAAACCUGGAGGACUGAGACAUACACAACCCCAGGCCAGAAGACAUGAGGCGGUUGUUGCUUCAGUCCAUGCGAUCCCUCUCUCUCAGUGAACCGCCAUCUUCACCUCUGCUACAGGUGCCCGUCGCUGCUCUACUGAUCGGACGCCAUGGACGUUCAACUACUCGAGUGAGUGAGAUUUCAUGGUGUCCUGUGGUGGGAUUGUCGUCCACUAGGAAGCUGAAUUAUGGAUUUAGAACGUUUUGCACUGUUGGAGAUUUGGUGACCAAGAAGUGCGUGCCUUGUAACUCAAAGGACAUGCGACCCAUGACCGAAGAGAGUGCUGCUCAAAUGAUGCCAAAGGUGUCAGGGUGGAGCUUGGUCAAUGAGGAUGGUAAGCUGAAGCUGAACAGAUCGUGGAGGGCUAAGAGUUUCACCAAUGGACUGGAGCUAUUUCAGCUUGUAGGGAAUAUUGCUGAAACUGAAGGUCAUCAUCCCGAUCUUCAUCUUGUUGGGUGGAAUGAUGUUAAGAUCGAGAUAUGGACACAUGCAGUCGGUAAGCAUCUCCAUUUCCAUACAUAUCAACCUUUCUACAGUGAUGUUGCCUCUUUUAGAGAGGCAAAAUGAGGAAACAUUUGCUUUUGUGAAUUGUGGCAAAUUCGCAGUGAUAAAGUGUAGGAGCUUCUCAGCCUCUGAACAAACAUAGCUAGCUAACAGUCCAAUAGUCAAAAACCUAUCUUUGGUUCUCACCAGGGAGCUGCUUGGUCUCAUCUUUAUAUUUGUUUUAGCUGCCAUUCGACUUUCUUCCAUUCCAAGUCAGUUAAUUGUAUAUUUGACUGGUGGGUUAUGCUUGCACAGGGGGGCUAACCGAGAACGACUUCAUACUGGCUGCAAAGAUCAAUCAACUCGACAUGCAUCACCUACUCAGAAAGAAACCUUCUGCUUCUGCUUCCUGAGAGAUGAUGACGAGAUAAAUUCGCUACUGUUUCAUUAUUUUUGAGCUAUCCAAGACCAAAAGAAAUGAGUAGGACUAUGUUCUGCCAUUUUUUCGCCUUCAUGGAUAGUUUAUCACUCCCAUAUUAUGCACACUUGGGGCAAAAAAUGUGAUCAAGUUGGAGAUUCGGCCAUCAUCACAAAGGGAGAAAUGGUGUGGUUGAUCAUACUUUUAUUUAACCACUACUACGCACGAUGAAUUAACAGAAUACAUGAAUUACCAUUCUACAAUCGUCGAAGAUCCAGCAGAAACUAUUAUACAAUUUCUCUCCUUUUUUACAGUUACAGAUCUGGUAAUCUCUGCUCGAUCCUUCACUCCAAGUGUUCUCUACUUCUCUUCGUCCUCCCUUCAUUUUGGAGGGUGCUGGCAAAUCAAUGGUACCUAAAAGCAGACGCGGGAAAGGCCAUUACCAAAAGGAGCAACCUAAAAUCAUGGAUGGCAUUCAACUUUAUGAAGGUAAUCCAUGCCAUCCUAGGAACCAGGUUCGAAAAGGUCAUCAUCACCACUCAAUUCGUACCCUAAACACAUAUUCCACGCUAAUGGCUGAAAAAGGAGCCUCUAGGCUCUUCCCUAUAACGGAAAACUUUAACCAGAAAAAGCCCAUCAUCCUAAUCUUCAGGAGGCACUAAGAGCCAACGCAAAUACCUGAAAAGAAGAGAGUAUUGAAUUUUGACUAUAGCCCCGAUCUGAACAGCGGCUUCUGCAGAAGUGCGGUCAAGUAAACUUCCCCAUUCUUCAACCCACUGGAAUCGGUCUUGUUGGCGACGGCCCACUUCACCUUCUUGUAACCCAACUUUCCGAUCAACGGCCCAUAGACCUUACUCAGAUCCGCACCUUUGCUGAAGAAAUGAUCGAUCCAGAGGUAACCGCCGCUCCUCAGCACUCUGUCCACGUCAUACAGCAGGAACUCCAUCGCCGCCAGCGGGAUCCACCGGUUCACCGCCCGCCCGCACCGCACCAGAUCCAGCACCCCGUCGAACACCGGCAGCCGCUGCUGCAGCGGCGCGUGGAGCGGCACCAGCCCCCUCAUCGCCACCACCUCGCUGUUCGGCACGUUGAAGUUCAUCGUCGUCGUCACCACCGUCACGUUGUACUGCUUCAUCCUCGCCGCGAAGGUCCCCGUCCCUCCCCCGACGUCGAUCCCCAGCCGGAUCGGGGAGCUGGCGGUCUUGGAGAUCUGGAUCAGCUGCGGGAUCGGGAGGUCGAGCUCGGUCUUGUAGGUCAUGAAUUUCGAGAUCUCGGUCCCCAGAUCGAACCCUAGGUUCGGAUUCUCCUUCGCCAGGCAGGCGAACGACUUGCAGCUGUACUUCCCCCAGAGCACGUUGGAGUCGAGGAGGGAGGAAGGGAACGGGUUGCGCGGCAGGGAGGAAGGCGGCUUCGAGGGGGUUUUGGAGAAGCAGCGGCGGCGCGGGAGCGGGUGGCAGCCGCGGAGGAUUAGGGAUUCGGCGAGAUCGGAAUCGGGCGGGCAGGCGGAGUAAGGAGUGUAGGUCAUGUACUUGUGGAGGAGGUCCGGGUGGUUGUUGCAGGCGGAGGCGAUUGGGGAGAGGCUCGCGUAGAGGAGCAGAUCCGGCGGGAUUGUCGGCUUGGAUUCGUCGGUGUCGGUGGUGGCGGAGGAGGAAGGCUGGUGGCGGGUGAGGUGGUUGAUGGUGGCGCGUAUGGUGUUGAGCUGGCGGAGGAGGUGGUCGGGGACCGGCUGGGAGGUUGCGGUGAGUGGGGACUGGAGAUUUGAGGAGAGGUGGUACAAGGAGAGGAGGUUCGUGGCCACCAUGGCUAGUAGGAGGAGCAAGUUCAAGCUCAUCGUGAAAGUGAACCCCAUUUUCUCCGGCGAGUCAGUAGAGCUCAGUGGUGAAGACAGAGUGAGCUUGAGCAAAGAGACGACGACUGUCCGAGUCGACUCUGUUUCUUACCUUCUUGGACUGGAAAUUGAUAGAUUCGACAGCCGAGCAUCAGAUCAGAUUUUUAGCAAGAAAAAAGUAAGCUGGAGGGAGGAUUCGAUGCGGCCGAUUUCACAGUGGGAUUUGCGUGAGGCCCACUACGGCCCAGAGUUAUUUGGGCUUUUUGGAUGAUGAGAGUGGUCCGAGAAGGUAUGGCGGAAUGACGAAGUUGGCCCCUCGACUUUGUGAAAUUACUCUCUGUAUCAUUGAGAAUAGAAUCAAAAUAUCAAAUCGAUCUUUCACACUUGUUCAAUUUCAAAGAUAGGUUCGAGGGUGGCGUCGAGUGAACGCUAAAUCCGAAACAAAAGAGGCGAGGUCCACUGAGGACGGCUCUCGGGAAGAGCUGAAGGUUACUUUGCCCGCCGGAAUUUUGAGCAUCUGGAUUUCAUUCACCGUUGUCGGAAUCAAUGGCUGACCCGGAGCUGGAAGCGAUCAGGCAGAGAAGGAUGCAGGAGCUAAUGGCUCAACGUGGUGGUGGCGGCGGCGGGGCGGCAAGUCAACCGAACCCUGAACAGCAGAAUGCUCAAGAAGAUGCUAAGAGAGAGGCUGAGGAGCGUAGGCAGAUGAUGCUGAGCCAGAUAUUGUCUGCUCAAGCUCGGGAAAGGAUUGCAAGAAUUGCAUUGGUUAAGCCUGAAAAGGCUAGAGGUGUUGAAGAUGUUAUACUUCGAGCGGCUCAAAUGGGUCAGAUUGUUGAGAAGGUAUCAGAAGAGAGGCUGAUUUCACUGCUAGAACAGAUAAACACCCAAACAUCCAAACAAACCAAAGUCACAAUCCAGAGGCGUCGUAGUGUUCUGGACGAUGAUGACUGAAAUAUGAAGAUCUCUUUCUGGGAUGCAUCUAUACAGCGUGUUUCGGUGAGUUGCAGAUUCAUGAUCAAGGGGCUUUAUCUUGCAGAGUUGUGAGAUAAGUCAUAUCUGUAUUUUUACCAUGCAAGAAGCACACGUUAUCAAGUCUCCCCAUUUGAUCUAGAGAGUUGUCUCAGUAGUAAUGUAUGGCGUCGUUCCUAAUGGUAUUUGCAGCCACGUAAUUGAUGGCCAUUGGAUUAUGUUUCCUUAUCCGUGGAAUUAUACAUCUUUAUCAACCGUAUCUUUAUGGCAUCUUCUGGCGUCUUGUUCAUGUAUUUCCCUGCCUGAGUCUCCCUGACUAGGAAAUAGGAAUGGACAAGAAGUCAAGGUCAGUCCGUCCAAGAGAAAUGGCUUGAGGGUGCUUGUUUGUCCCAUACUGCUGUGCAGCAUAGUGAAUAAGCGUUCAUAGGAGCACCCCAGAUUUUACUGAGUGUAAAUAAUCCUUGUCCCUAAGUGUAAAAAAUCCAUUUCCAGCUCGAUGGAAAAGUAGUGUUAAUAAUCAGCUGAUCCCAAUAAUUCGAGUGGUUGGGUGAGGCAUAUACCAUGUACUAACAAGUAGAAGGUGGAGUAGCAUAGACAUAUGCUUCUGUCUGUCACGUUCAACAACUAAUUUGGACUGUCGGCAUGAACAACGAAGAUGUCGUGGGAUGUAUUGUUUGUUUUUUGGUUAUGGAUGGUCAUGUUCUCCUUAUGUUUCUUAUGAAAAGAGUACAUUCAACAGGUAAAUCCAUUGUUUGGACUUUGGACUAUGAAAAGAAGACAGGUA